AUGCAGCCCACGCAAUCCCUCCUCCCCUUCUUCUUCUCCCUUGUCCCCUAUUUCUCUCCCUCGGCAGCUCAGUCCUCCGGCGCGGGCUCGACGACCCGCUACUGGGACUGCUGCAAGCCAUCCUGCGCCUGGCCCGGCAAGGCCACCCAGCUGGCCGCCGGGCCCGUGACGACCUGCGACCGCAACGACAACCCGCUGUCCGACGGUGGCUCCACGAGCUCCGGGUGCGAUUCAGGGGGGAGCGCAUACAUGUGCAGCGGCCAGUCGCCAUGGGCCGUCGACGACGACCUCGCCUACGGGUGGGCAGCUGUGAGGAUCCUCGGAAGCACCGAGGCCGAGUGGUGCUGCGCGUGCUACGAGCUCACCUUCACGAGCGGGCCCGUGGCUGGGAAGAAGAUGAUCGUGCAGACCACGAACACCGGCGGGGACUUGGGACAGAACCAUUUCGACAUUGCUGUCCCCGGCGGUGGUGUCGGCAUAUUCAACGCUUGUACGGAUCAGUACGGAGCACCGGCCAACGGGUGGGGCCAGCGGUACGGCGGCGUCAGCUCCCGCUCCGAGUGCGACGGGUUCCCGGAGAAGCUCAAGGCCGGGUGCUACUGGCGGUUUGACUGGUUCAAUGGCGCCGACAACCCGGCGGUCUCUUUCAAGCAGGUGACGUGCCCGGCGGAGCUCACCAACAAGAGCGGCUGCAGGCGACAAGGGUAG